AUCAUUUCUCUGUCCUAGGUGCUAAACUGAAGCGACGCUCAUCCCGUUGCAGUAUCAGCAGCCAUGGCCGAAAUAAAGACGGGGAUUUUCGCCAAAAACGUGCAGAAACGGCUAAGCAGGGCGCAGGAAAAGGUACUGCAGAAACUGGGAAAGGCGGAUGAGACGAAAGAUGACCAUUUUGAUCAAGCCGUCCAGAACUUCAAGCGACAGGAGACGGAGGGCUCCCGGCUGCAGAGGGAGAUGAAGGCAUAUCUGGCGGCAGUGAAAGCAAUGCAACAGGCUUCCAUGAACCUGACAGAGUCCCUACAUGAAGUCUACGAGCCGGACUGGCACGGGAAGGACGAUGUCUUGAGCAUCGGGAAGAACUGUGAUGUCUUAUGGGAGGACUUCCAUCAGAAGCUGGUUGAUUCAUCACUUAUCACACUGGACACGUACCUGCAACAGUUCCCCGACCUCAAGAUCCGUGUGGCGAAAAGAAGCAGAAAGCUAAUUGACUACGAUAGUGCACGGCACCAUCUGGAGACCAUUCAGGCGGUGGUCAAUAGAAGUGAUCGGAAGGUCUCCAAGGCAGAGGACGAGUUGAAAAAAGCCCAGAAGGUGUUUGAUGAGCUCAAUGUUGAUCUGCAGGACGAGCUACCAACUCUCUGGGACAGCCGAGUUGGUUUUUACGUGAACACAUUCAAGAACGUGACGAACCUGGAGGCCAAAUUCCACCGGGAAAUCUCUGUGCUCUGUAAGCAGCUGUAUGAAGUGAUGACCAAGCUGGGAGAGCAACACUCUGACAAAAUGUUCACCAUACAGGGAGCGCCCAGUGAUUCAGGACCUUUGCGACUCUCUCGGGCCCCUUCGCCACCGGACAGCGACAGUGACGAGAGCCCAGUGGACACUCCUAACCACAUGCUGGCGCCAGCCUCUCCCGGCCCGCCCCGGCCCAAAUCUCCUUCAGGCCAGUUCAAAAAGGGACCACCGGUGCCCCCGCCACCCAAGACCCCGACCAAGGAGCUGCACCAGGAGCAGAUAAUCGACCUGUUUGGGGGCCAGUUCUUACCCGUGGCCACGCCCUCGCAGCCAAAUGAAAGACCCGGAGAAUCUCUCCUGGAUCUGGACUUUGAUCCAUUCCAGCCUGACGGCAACACCACUAUCGGACAGGCUGCACCACCCAUAACACAGCAACUACCCUGGGAUUUGUGGACAGGAAAUGCUGAACCUGUGCAGCCUAUGGAUUCUGGGUCUAUGAGUACUGUGGGUGUGGAGGAGGAUGGGGGCGGCGGUGGCGAGGCCCCGAACACUGCCGACUUUAACCCUGGGUUCCCCGCAUUCCCCGAGCAGGCGGGAGACCCCAGCUUCGCCACCGACUGGGCUGCUGACUUCGGCUCGGCCCCGGCAAAAGGAGACUCUGUCCCGUCUGCCACCGAGGCGGCAACCAGCGAGGUUCCAGCGACCACAGGGCAGGACGAGGCCCAAGGCUGGCCUGCAGCGGACGGCUGGGGCGGGGAGGCAGGGGAGGCAGCAGCAGCAGAGCAGCCACAGGGGGCCGAAACGGCCGCAGCUGGAGACGAGGUGACCAACAAUGCAUUUAACGGAUUUCCCCAGAUGGAAGCAACAGCCCCAACAUUUGUUGCGGAUUUUGAUAAGCUGAAUGAAAGCAAUGUCACCAUGGACCCUGAAGCUGCUGCGCCCCCAGCUGAGACUGCUGUGGCCCGGGAGGCAACAGCUGAGACUGCUGUGGCCCGGGAGGCAACAGCUGAGACUGCUGUGGCCCCGGAGGUCCUUGGGACUGAGACCUCAGAUGCCACAGAGGCAGCGGCCGAGGCAGGGGAGAUCCAGGAGCCUGCUUCCCCGACUAGUGAGGCCGAGGCAGCCGAGAGUGCCACCAGCCCUGGAGAGGAGAAGCCUGAUUCCACUGUGGGGUCUCCAGUGACAUCUGCAGAGCCUGAGGGGGCUUCACCAACUGAGAUCCUCCCAGUUGAAGAGGCUGAAAAAGCAUUCCCCAGCGAAACAGCUCCCCCGGAAUCCGUUCCGACCCCGGAGGAAAUGAAGGAGUCCCCUGUGGAGGAGACUCCGGAGAAGAUGCCUAUUCCCUCAGUGGUGAUUGAGCCAGCCUCCAGCAACGAAGGUGACGAUGACCGCGACAUUAUUGACAUUUCCCCAACGACCAUCAGCAACAACGGAGUGACAGCGGACACCCAGACGGCCAAAGACAUCACCACCUCCGACGGCCCACCAGGACUCCCUCCUGGCUUCCUUUACAAGGUGGAGACUCUGCAUGACUUUGAAGCUGCAAACUCAGACGAGCUGGAGCUGAAGAAAGGUGACGUGGUUCUGGUUGUUCCCACGGCUACAGCAGAAGAUCAGGAUGCGGGUUGGCUUACAGGUAUCAAGGAAAGCGAAUGGUCGCACCUUGGGGCCAGUGCCCACAAAGGACUCUUCCCAGAAAACUUCACACAGCGCUUGGAGUAACCAUCUGAUCACGGAGAAAAGAGUUGUGGGGGGAGGUGAAAGGGGCCCGUGUUCUCCAGACAAUGUCUAGCCGAGCGUCUGCUAACCCGUCUGUGACCUUGUCUGCAAGACAGACCAAAGGCCGUCACUGAUAGAGGGAAGGACACAAACAAUCAACAACAAAAAAACAAACCAAGUGUGGAUAAACACUAGUACCUGCUCGGGAGCAUAACGAAAAAUAACAUGAGCAUGAUGCGAUAGUUUGGUCUACCCUUUUUUUUUUGUUGUUUGUUAACCUUUAAGCAGCAGCGAAAUUGAUGUGUGCUUUGUUGGAAGUGUGGUGAUCUCCACAUGUAAAUCCCUUGACCUCCACAUGUAAAUCCAUAUCUGUUUCAAGGAGAAACUCAAAUGAGAAAUACCUCCUGAAGAAAAAAAAAAAAAAAAAAGUUACCUUAUCUUCUCUGCACCAGGUGUAUUGUAUUGAUUUUGUUGCUCUGCAGUGGAAUUUCUAAGAAUCUGUAGUGCUAUGAUCUAUCUAACUGUUCUUGAGUGUUACUUUAAGUGUUUUCUUUCUGACAUUUCAGCCAUAAAUGUUACCUUGCAUCAUUGUUAGUGUUCUCUUGUAGUGUCAUGGCUUUUUGUGUGCGGCUGUAGUGAUUAUUUUUGGGGAGUACUCAGUGUUGACAUUGUUCAUUGACAAGACAUGCUGUGCUCUUGCCGAAACAAUAUAAUUGACGUUGAAAUUCUGAGCAUUUGAAUGGGACGUCCGAUGAGUUUCCAGCAUGAAAAAUUAUGUUUGUGAUGAAGCUGAGAUCCGGGGGAACUGGCAGAUGCAGCUUUCUCAAAGUAAAAUUUAAAAAAAUAACACUGUAGCUCCCGAACAUAAAACGUUAAUGUGUAUAUCCUUAUACCUUAUAUCUGCAAUUACAUAUAUACAAGAAACCAAGUCAACCAGUGGAAAGACAUAUGAAGUUAUUUAUUUGUGAAUGAAAUGUUAUGAUAAAUUGUAUUUAUUUAACUUUAUAUUUUUAAAGUUUAAGAUCACUGGGAAGGUGCUGGGAGAGAAAUCAAGAUAUGCAAUUUAUGUAAUUGGUUUAUAUACUGUAGGGUCACAAUAGUCCAACUGUUCAGUAUAGCAUAUGACGUCACUCCUGUUUUCGUACAGUUUAGCCCUCACUGUAUAACCUUUUUUUGUGAUAUACAUAUCUGUGAUUAUUUAUCUAAAGGUGAAUAAAGAAUAGUUCAUAUGUUACA